GUCCUGCGGUUAUCUGAAUAUUAUUUAUUUUUAAGGCCACAUAGGUAUUUUGUUCAUACAUAUUAUUAUUGUAAUGAUUUAACAAUUUUUAUAGUAAUACUAUACACGCUCGAGUUUCACAAACAGUUCAGUAAAUAUUUAAGAAGCGUUGAUUAUUUAUGUUUUCAACUUUUAUUCUUUACAACACUUUUGUUGAAAAUCAUAAAAAACCAUUUCAACCGUUGUCGCCGUCACAAGUCAUCUAACAAACGUUUCAAACUUUCAAAAUUUCCUGUCCAAAACUCGUCUCUUGUAAACCGAUCUGCUGGAUUUUCAUUGCGUCGGUCAUUGAUGCAAUUGGCGCAGUCCAAGUCAAUAAUAUUAACUGUCGUCAAUAAGUUCAGAUUGUCGUUCGGAAAGUAUUUCAAAAUGAGUGCUGUGAGUUUUACCGUGGGACGCAAAAAUUGUUCCACGGCGGGUGUGGACGUAUCUAAAAUGUGUGCCGCACACCAAGCCAUCGAUAAGCAUGUUAAAGACGGCAUGAUACUGGGCAUUGGUAGCGGCUCGACUAUUGUGUACGGUGUUCAACGAUUGGCACAAAGAACAAAAGACGAGAAUUUAUCUGUUGUUUGUGUGCCAACGUCUUAUCAGGCACGUCAGCUGAUAAUCGAUUAUAAACUAACAUUGGGAAACUUGGACACACAUCCUAAAAUAGAUUGUACAAUUGAUGGAGCAGAUGAGAUUGAAAAGGGAACUUUGACAUGCAUAAAAGGAGGAGGAGGAUGUUUGACACAAGAAAAAAUUGUAGCAUCGUGUUCUGAAAAAUUGAUAAUUGUUGCCGAUGGAGCUAAAGAGGUGAACCAUUUGGGUCAAAAAUGGAAGAAAGGUAUACCUAUUGAGGUUAUACCUAUGUCAUAUAAACCAACUCAGCAAAAAAUUGAAGGAAAAUAUGGAGGUGAAGCCAUUUUGAGGAUGUCUGCUGAUAAAGCAGGACCUUUGGUUACAGACAAUGGUAACUUCUUAUUGGAUUGGGUUUUUCCUGAAACAAAAUAUUGUUGGUCAUCCGUCCACAAUUACUUAAAACUAAUCCCAGGAGUGGUUGAGACUGGAUUAUUCAUUGAUAUGUCUGAUGAAUGCUUGGUCGGCGACGCACAAGGCAAUGUACGACUACUGAAGAAGACUGAACAGACGUUAGAGUUAUAGGUUAAAUCUAAUAUCUGUAUUACAUGUCAUUAUAUUAUUUGAAUUGGAUAACAUUCUCUUUAAAAUCUGAGUAUUAUGACUUUUUAUUAACUUUUAAUUUUGUGUUGCUUAAAUCAAAUAGCGUUUUAGAAUUUUUAGAUCUACAAUUAAUACUGUUUUUAUAAAAUAUUUUAUGUUAACUUAUUAAAAUUAGUAAUACCCAAAUUUAAAAAUAUAAUUUAUCAACUUAUUGAUAAGUACGAUAACCAGCUGCUCUAUUACCCACAAUUAAAAAUUAUAGACUUUAGCUAUAGGUAGUUAAAACAAUUGAGUAAAUUAUAGCCAUACCUUCUAAUAAUUACCUACUUAGUCCUUUGUUUUAAACGACAAUAUAAUAUAAAGUAAAUAGUUUUUUUUAAUUUAUAAAGAAUGUAGAGUUUAAGUAGCCAGGUCGGUAUUAAUAUAAUAAUUUUAAUAUACUCUUUAAUUAUUAUAAAUAAAGUAUAUUAUUAUUAAUAAUAUAGUGUGGCUUGGCACAACGCGUUGGCUGCAAUUUAUCAUGGUGACCAAACCACAUUUUUUUAACUUGUUAACUCAUUCAAUUAAAAUUUUAGAUUCUGAGCUGAGCGAUGAAUCCAUUGAUUUUACA